AUUAUCGUCAUCGUCUGGAAAGAUGGGAGUAGGUAAUGGGUGAAAGAAGGAACAUGGGUUCUUCCGGGGAUGGCUCUGCUCCUUUAGUUUCUGUCACUCGGAUAGAGACAUUCAGUGCAUGUCAUCGUUUGCAUAGCCCUUUUUUAUCUGACGAAGAAAACCGCGAACUUUAUGGCAAAUGCAAUAACCCCAAUGGACACGGACACAACUAUAAACUGGAAUAUAUAAUCUUUGCAGUGGAAGUAACGUUACGCGGCGAGGUGGACCCCACCACAGGUAUGGUGAUAAAUAUCACAGAUGUCAAGCAACUCAUAAAGGAAAGUCCUGCUACGAACUUGACUCCAAUAAUUACAGCGUUCACUGCAUUAUUUCAGGACGCAAUUAUGGAUGUGCUAGACCACAAGAACAUAGAUGAGGACGUUCCUUAUUUCAAAGAUAAAGUCAGCACAACUGAAAACAUUGCCAUUUUUGUGUGGCACCAACUGAGGGAGGUGGUACCACCACGACUCCAGCUUUUCGUCAAGAUACAUGAAACUGAUAAAAACGUUGUCACGUAUCCAUCAUGAAUGCAAACGGGACUCCUUCUAACAAGAUAUAUAUUUUUUCCUUAUAUUACUACACUGGUGUACAAAUUGCUGUAUACAUUCCAUACACAUGUGGUUCAAAAUCAA